UCUUCAAAAUGCUCCGCCCCCGUCGUUAGUCCCUCCCUCGAAGCUCCGCCCAUUACGAACACAGCCACGGAGCUCCUCCCUUUCAGCGCUCUCGUGGGCCCCGCCCAUAAGACAAUUUACCUCUAAACUCCACCCUUCAGGACCCCACAACAUCUCUUCCCAAGACCCUCUCUUUCUUUGGGCCUGCCUAGGAGGCCCAUCCACUGCGGAGCCGCCCCUUCCAUGACGCAAGCGCUUGUACGCGCCCUCGGCGUCCUCACCGACUCUCCUUCCCAAGGCCCUCCGUCCCCGCCCCCUUGCGAAUGCUCCCAUCUCGCCCCACCUCUUUUCGAACUCUACCAGGUACUCAGCUCCUCCCAUUUAGAACCCAAAGCAAAGACCCUCACCUCUUUAGAACCCUGAGACCCGGCCAUGUCCCGGACCUUUCACCACAUCCCCAGGGAUCAAUGGCGCGAAUAGGUGGGAAAGUGGGGGAUCUUUUCUGGAUCCUGAGAAAAUGGGGGCUGGGGGGCUGUUCUCUGUAGGUAGUGACGGGCUCUAGGACCCAGCGGGCAAGUACGCCCGCCUCGCGCUUACCCCUCCCCCAAGCCGCCCCCUCCCCCUCACCCAUCUUCCAGGUUCCCCCUCCCUCCCCCGUCGCCCCGGCUCCCGGUGCCCGUCUCUAGCGCCGCUGGAGCCAGCGAGGGAGCCGGAGCGAACAGGAGGAGGAGGAGGAGGCCAAGUCGCCGCCGCUCGGAGCCCGGCCGGAGCCUCCCAGGCAGGUACAUGGUUCAGGUCCGAGCCGUGGUGAUGGCCCGAGAUGACUCCAGUGGGGGCUGGCUGCCUGUGGGGGGCGGGGGCCUCAGCCAGACCACCUUGGAGUGUACCCUGAGGCCAGGCUUGGUUUACAACAAAGUGAACCCCAUCUUCCAUCACUGGAGCCUGGGUGACUGCAAGUUUGGACUGACGUUCCAGAGUCCCGCGGAGGCUGAUGAGUUCCAGAAGAGCCUGCUGGCCGCACUGGCUGCGCUGGGUCGAGGACACCGCAGAGACCCCCUGCCCUCUGACGAGAAGGAAACUGAGGCUCAAAGAGAUGAGCUCACUUGCCGGAGGUCACACAACCAGUCAGUGGCAGAGCUGGGGCUUGCACGGAGGCCUGUCUGGCCGCAGAGCUCUCGCUUGCCAUGGGAGGGGGUCUAUGUGAGGGCAUCAGCUGUGCCGGGGUCCGGCUCUGAGGCCGCCACUCUCCCCCAGUCCCAUGUGGACAGUGAGUCCUCCUCCAGUCACAGCCGCCAGGAGACGCCUCCCACCGCCGCGGCGGCCACUAUCAUCACGGUGGAGUCAGCUUCUGGCUUCGGGCCAGCUACAUCCCCCCAGCGCCGCCACUCCUCCACUCAGAGCUACCCUCCGCUCCUACCGUUCACGGGGAUUCCGGAGCCCUCAGAGCCCCUGACUGGGGCAGGGGGCCCGGGAUGGGGUGGCCGUGGCUAUGAGGAUUACCGGCGCGCCGGGCCGCCCGCGCCCCUCACCCUGUCCACCUGCGUCGUGCGCUUUGCCAAGACCGGCGCGUUGAGGGGCACAGCCCUGGGGCCCCCUGCCACACUACCCGCCCCUCUCGCCGAGGCUGCGCCUCCAGCGCCCCCCGCUCGCCCACCCCCGGGCCCCGGCCCUGCCCCUGCGCCUGCCAAGGCUUCCCCCGAGGCGGAGGAGGCGGCGCGCUGCGUGCACUGCCGGGCGCUCUUCCGCCGCCGCGCGGAUGGGCGCGGCGGUCGCUGCGCGGAAGCCCCGGACCCGGGUCGCCUGCUGGUGCGCCGGCUCAGUUGCCUGUGGUGCGCUGAGAGCUUGCUCUACCACUGCCUGUCGGACGCGGAGGGUGACUUCUCGGACCCGUGCGCCUGCGAGCCAGGCCACCCGCGUCCCGCGGCGCGCUGGGCCGCGCUGGCCGCGCUCUCCCUGGCUGUGCCCUGCCUCUGCUGCUAUGCGCCCCUGCGCGCCUGCCACUGGGUCGCGGCGCGAUGCGGCUGCGCAGGCUGCGGGGGUCGCCACGAGGAGGCGGCGCGGUGAGAAUGGCCUGGUGGGUCCGGUAGCUGCACCAAGGACCCCAAAAUGAGGGUCCAGGACCCUGGACUCCGUUCGGACCCCCAAACCCAAACCUAGGCACACCCGGAACUUGGAGCUUGAGUUUGGAUUGAGAGACCCCAGACCUGGAACCUGGACCCCAAACUUAGGACUGAGAGACCCCAGACCCAGCUUCACUGGGAUGUCUGUCCGAGAGGUCCCAGGCACCCUGAGUUCUGGCACCCCCAUCCUGCCACCAACCUCCUCCCUGACUUAGACUGGGGAGACUCCAGGCAUCCCCAAACCCUUCACCUCAGUCAGGCUGGGGAGCACAUGUAUCCCUAAGAGAUGCAGGGCCCUGAACCCCGACCCCAUGAUGCCUGACACAUGAGCCCUCAGAUUACAGUGAGUCAGGACCUGUUGAUAACCUGACCCUGCCUGCAUACAAUUAACUCCCGGAUCUUGAGACCAUAGAACCCAGAUGCACCCCAAAUGGUCCCUGAAUGCUCACCUAAAACUUGGGGCACCCAUAUCUGAGAUAGUCUUGUAGCCCCCUAGCAUCCUAGAGGCACCAAAACCCCUCUCAAGAUGCCCUGAGUCCAUAGGUGUGCCCAGACACAUGCUCUCUGCCCAAAAUGACUUGCAAGACUCAUCUCUGAGCCUCCCAGUGUUUUCCCCACCAAGAUCUAGAUGUCAGAUCCAGGAUGCUCUGGGAACCAAGGAUCAAAGACCUCUGUAGACCCACUCAUCCCAAGCCAGUGUUCCCAGAGCUUUGGAUCUCAUACAUAGGACUCUGAGGUGCCUAAUGCUCCCAGAUGUAGUACUGAAGGUCCCCAACCCCUUAGGGCCCAAGGCACUGGUCUCAAGUCCUCAGAUAACCCUUUUUCAAAACCUCUUAGAUUUGGAUUUCAAGCCCCAGAAUGGCCUGGAAUCUUUGGCUGCUUUGUACCCACAGAUCCCCAAUCCCCUCAAGGCUGGAAGCUCAUCUCCCAGAUGAUGGGAUGUUCAUGGCCACACAGGCCUCUCACCCCUUGGCCCCCAGCUCCUGAAUGACCCCAAGGUGCUUUGGGAGCACUGGUCCCAAGACUCCAAGGUGCCAUUGGUCCCCCAAAUUCAGGGCUUAAGCCUCCACAACAUUGAUAUUGUCCCUAACUCAAGACCUUGGCCCAUCCACAUGAGACAACUGAGGUGCUUCAGGACCGUAGCACCUUCAGAUCCCCGAUUUCUGUGGACUCAGACCUCUUCAGUCUGAUAUUCCCUGAUACCUGCUGCCCUUGAAUCCUGCUGACCAUAAGCCCCUGAAACCCCAAGGUCCCAGACCUCCGAAUUUGAACUUUAAGGGCCCCAUCCCAAGCCUCCAGCAUCUCACAGAACUACUCCUUUACUAUGGUAAAACAAAAACAAAAACAAAAAAAACCCCAUCAUCUUGAGCUCAUGUUUCUGGGUUCCAGGAGCAUCCCAGAACUCCACAUCCAUCUCUAGGACCCAGCAUUGUCAUAGAUGAUGGUGCAAACUGUUUGCUAAGCAAAGACACACAAGUCAAGAUGGGGGUGGCUGGAAUUCACACCACACUCUGCUGGCUGUACUGUGCACAUAGUGGACACACACAUAAACACACACACACUCAGUCACUCCCUUUGCACUCUGCCCCAAGCCCAAACUUAAGCCCCAGCCCUAGUCCAAGCUUUUUAUGUUCUGCCCUGUUAACCCCUUCCCUUCCAUCUCAGAGUUGGGGGUAGCUUUGUGAAGCUUGAAAGCCAGUUUCAUGGCCCUCUGUGAUGCCACAGUCUCUUUUCCCUGAGUGGAAUGGGACUUUCAGGGUAUCUCAGAUAUGAUGGCCUGAAGCAGAGGAUCAAGGUCUUGGAGCAAGACAAUUUCAAUGCUGUAUGGGCUUGGGACCUGCAGGUGGUCCCAAGAAUCUGGAAAUGUGCAUUUACCUUUCUUCAUUACCCAGACUUGGAUGGCCUUGUAGGGGUUUCAAGGGAUAGGUCAAGGGGGUCAGAGGGUUAGAUCCUUCUGUCACUUCCUUUAAAUUAUUAACUAUUUAUUACAUCCGGAACCUGUGAGAUUCCGCUCUCCCAACCAGACCCUGGGAUGGGUGAGAGAAAAGGGGGAUGUCCCUCCCAUCCCCACUCUGCCCAGCUCUCGUCACCUUCAGACCCACCAGAGCUGAGGGCAGAGGGACCGGGGGCUGGGGCGGCCUGGGUCCCCAUCCCCUUCUCUGUGCCUCGGUCUCCUCCCUUCCGUGGUGGGCGGGGGGAAGCUCCAUUCUUAACCUACCUCGUUUUGGGGAGGGGUGGGACGGGGACCAGAGUGCUGUAAGGUGCUGUGGGAUCUGCGGAUGAAGUGCUGGGAGCUGGGGAAAGUUCCCCCAGCUCCCACCUCCCAGCACCGCCUCUCCCAGGUCUCCCAGUCCUGCUCCCUGCUGAUACCCACCUCUGAUCCAUGAUUACUCUUCAUCACCCCCAAAUCAGGGGUGCAUGGAGGGCUGACCCUGGGAGCCAGGAAGACCUCAGACCCUGGAGCCCCCAGGCCCAAUUUCCCAGCUGCUUGCCCCUCAGAUUGGAUGCUUGGCCCCCAGAUUUGGGGGAGGCACCCCGACACUUAUCUUCCUGAUCUUGAUUCCAAGCCAGUCUGUGACCUCAAUAUUGUUACCAUCAGUGCAGGCUGCCGUGGCGGGGGAGGAUGGGAGCCAAAGACCCAGCCUUGUCAUUGGGGAGGGGGCAUGAGAUAUUCGCUCCAAGAAAUGUCUGUGACAAAGUCUCA